AUGGCAAGCUCUUCCAAUUACCUCUUCCUUCUGACUGUUUUGGUGAGCAUAGCUGCCUUGGGCAUGGCAAGGCCACUGAUCUCAAAGUCAAGCCACUCAACCCUAGCAACUCGACUACAAAACAACGAUGGUAACACGGUUUGUUGGGACUCACUGUUGGAACUCAAGGCAUGCACUGGGGAAGUCAUCCUUUUCUUCCUCAACGGCGAAACAUAUCUGGGACCUGAUUGUUGUCGUGCCAUCCGAUUCAUCGAGCACGAAUGCUGGCCGGCCAUGCUCGGUUCUCUAGGAUUCACCCCUGAGGAAUCUGACAUUCUCCAAGGCUAUUGUGAUGCCACCGGCGAAACCACCACCCCUCCAUCACCACCAACGCCGCCAUCGCCACCACCUAAUUCCACUACUCUGCUCAUGUCCAAGGACGACUUCACACCCUAA